UUUUCCCUGGAUAAUGAAUGCUUGAGAGUGUCGUAGAGAGAGAGAGAGAGAGAGAGAGAGAGAGAGUUAAAACUUAAAACAUGGUGUUCGAAGAAGGCCCUCUCUGUUGGUUGUUUGAGUUCUGACUGCUGUUUGCACUGUAGGAGACUACAUAGAUUUGGUGGGUGUGUUGCAUCUGUGCUCGGUAGAUAGAUGAUGGAUUUUUCAGAGUAUACAAGAAUAGUGUUCAACAGAAUCAAGAAACUAGAACCAGAAAAUGCUACAAAGAUUAUAGGGUAUCUUCUUUUACAAGACCGUGGUGAUCAUGAAAUGGUUAGAUUGGCCCUGGGUCCGGACAACUUGAUUCAUGAAAUGAUUUUCAAAGCCAAAGCCGAACUACAUCAGUUGGCAACUAAGUCAACACCAUCUCCAAUCUCACCAAUCAAGAGCCCAGUUUUCAAUCCUUUUUCACAUGUCUCGUCUAGGCCUUAUUCAUCACCAACUGAAUUUGGUGCUUCAUCUCCUCGUUGGGAUCCUCAGCUAACUAGCAAGUAUGGUUCUGAUUUCAUUCUACAAGGUUGCUCAGAUUCUACUGCAGAAUUCCAAAACCAGACUCAUUUUUUGGGUUUAGAGGACCCAAUAGAUCCUGCAAAUUGUGGACUUUCAGGAUUUUCGAACGAUUACUUCUACCCCGAUGCUGCAAUGGGGAGCUUGAGUGCUAGAGCAAGUAGAAGAUUUUCAAGCCUGCCUGAAGUUCCGGUUAAGAUUUGUCACUAUUUUAACAAGGGGUUUUGCAAGCAUGGAAGUAGCUGUAGGUAUUUCCAUGGACAAGUCAUACCUGAAAGCUUAUCUCAGAUGUAUGGAAAUGAUGCCGUCAAUGAGGAUCAUUUUUUCUCGCCUAGGUCGCUUGAGAAGCUAGAAUUGGAAAUAGUUGAGAUUCUAAAAUCAAGAAGAGGGAAUCCUAUUUCGAUUGCUUCCCUGCCUAUGAUAUAUUAUGAGAAAUUUGGAAAAGUUCUUCAGGCAGAAGGGUACCUCACUGAGAGCCAGAGACAUGGUAAAGCUGGUUAUAGUUUGACAAAACUUCUUGCUCGUUUGAAAAACAGCAUUCGGUUGAUUGACAGGCCUCAUGGGCAGCAUGCAGUAAUUUUGGCAGAAGAUGCUGCAAAAUACAUGGAAAAUCGGAGUGAGAAAAGUGACCCCGGUCCAAUUGUCAGUGGUUCACGACAGAUAUAUCUAACUUUUCCAGCUGAAAGCACUUUUACAGAGGAGGAUGUCUCCAACUACUUCAGCACCUUUGGUCCAGUUGAAGAUGUGAGGAUUCCCUGCCAACAGAAACGGAUGUUUGGGUUUGUAACAUUUAUUAGCGCAGACACUGUGAAAAUUAUUUUGGCAAAAGGAAAUCCGCAUUUUGUUUGUGGGGCCCGUGUUCUUGUGAAACCUUACAGGGAAAAAUCAAAACUUAAUGACAGUUUCGAUGUUGGGACUCCUGUCUCUCACUCAUUCAGUAUUCCAUGUGAAUUUUUAUUUUCCAGCAGGAGAUUCCCAGAGAGAAUUGAGCCUCAAUUGUGCUAUUCUCCCCACUUUGCUGACAUGGAAUCUGAGCUUCAUGCAAUGCCAAGAGGAUGUGAAACCUCCAGGUUACUGAGGAAGCAGCUUAUAGAAGAGCAAGAGCAGGCCCUUGAACUUGAGAGGAUGCGUCUUGCAGACCUGCAGUUGGCACGGAAAUCUACAAUUAGUCAGCCUUAUUUUGGCUACAUCGAUGGGUUAAAAGUUUCGGAUGAUCCAUUAAAUCUCCCAUCUGCAGAGAGAUUCAAUUAUCUGUUGGAUGUUCUGAGUAAUGGCUCUGCUAGCGAUGAUGGUAAACCCAGGCAUACAGACACCCACACUGACCAGGAGAGGUAUGAAUUAAGCAGUCAAUCUCUUAAUCUCCCCGAGAGCCCAUUUGCAUCUCCGAUAGGUAGCAGCAUUUCUACGGUCAUAUAGAUUCAGCAACACAGAAGAUUAUAGAGAUAGAGUUCUGGUUUAAAGGCAACAUUGCUGGUUUUAUACACCAUUUUCUCAUUUCACGACGAGUUCGUCAAUCAAUCAAAAGUUUCCUGCAAGUAUAUACUGGCUAACAAAGAAACAGCGGAAGAAUAUCCUCCCCCUUACUUCGGGUUGAAGGAACUAGAAAAGAAGAAGAAUAUGAUACAUAGAAGUAUAUGUUAAAAGGUUCUACAGUUUCUUAAUCUCAAUCACAGAAAGAAGGCAAGUGAUUUGAAUAUUUAGCAGAGGAUGUAAUUAGUAGUCUUUAGUGGAAGAUAGGAACCAAAAGGUAUGCAAUGUUUAAAGUGUUCUAGAUUCUCUACGACACUGAACAGUUUAUGAAAUAUCUUCAGCAAAAAGGUUUAGCAACA